UGUUGUGCUGCUUCUGUGGGGCGGUGGAGGCAGAGCACACGGGGCCGGGAGAGUGCGGAGGCAGGAAGCCUGGCGUACUUCACGUGCACUGCAGCAAUUUCACGUGACUCGGUGCAAGUCCGAAAACUGGGCCAGUUAUGGCGAACAUCGCAGCUCAGAGGAUCAAAAGGGAGUUCAAGGAGGUGCUGAAAAGCGAAGAGACCAGCAAAAACCAAAUCAAAGUAGACCUUGUAGAUGAGAAUUUCUCAGAGCUUCGUGGUGAAAUAGCUGGACCACCAGACACACCGUAUGAAGGUGGGAGAUUCCAGUUAGAAAUCAAAAUUCCAGAAACUUACCCGUUUAACCCCCCUAAGGUGCGCUUUAUUACCAAAAUCUGGCAUCCGAAUAUUAGUUCAGUCACAGGAGCCAUCUGUUUGGACAUAUUGAAAGACCAAUGGGCUGCAGCUAUGACUUUAAGAACAGUAUUGUUAUCGUUGCAAGCUCUCUUGGCAGCAGCAGAACCAGAUGAUCCACAGGAUGCAGUGGUGGCCAAUCAGUAUAAACAGAAUCCAGAAAUGUUUAAACAGACGGCCCGGCUGUGGGCACAUGUGUAUGCAGGAGCGCCCGUCACUAGUCCAGAAUACACGAAAAAAAUAGAGAACCUUUGUGCCAUGGGCUUUGAUAGGAAUGCAGUAAUAGCUGCCUUGUCGUCAAAAGCUUGGGAUGUAGAAACUGCGACAGAACUGCUUCUGAGUAACUGAGACGGCCGCUUGUCUGCUCCCCCUGCCUGAACAGCCACGUCAUCUGUUAUUUUUAGGAUUCUGCACAGGUUCUGUUACAAAAAGGCGCCCCUAUUCGACAAUGCUACUUAGUACCAGAGACUGACGGCAAAGAAACUGCUGUGUAAAUUAAGAUGUGUAAGCGUAUGUGUAAAUGACAUCAUUACAACGGGAGGGCUUUAAUUCUUCAUUUUUUUUUUUUUAUUUUAAUUCUGUGAAAUAAAAAACCUCGACCUAUGGGCUGAGCCAAUGGCAACGUGUACAUUUGUACUAUACAGGGGCAUCCGACCUCCAUUUUGUUUUCUCCUUGCCCUGCCCAUAAGCCACUCAGUAUCCGGAAAGGGGUUUAAAGGGAAUAUUAACCUGCUUACAGGUAGGUUUUAAUUUUUCAGUGCAAUUAGUGUAGCUUAUUCUGUGCACACAUAUUCCUAUACCUGUACAGCUACCCCCAUUCAUAUGUGUAGAAACUGGAGGCGCCACUGCUUCUCUUCAGUAGAGAUGUUCUCUAUAUCCAGCUGAAGCCCAUCAUGUUCUUGUUAAUUGUUCAACAACAGAGCUGCCCAUUAGUGGUGUGCAAAAUAAGCUAUGCUAUCAUAAUCAACAGUUUAUGUAGGAGAAAAUAAAAAACCUUAAAGGAGAAGCUAACCCAAAAGAUAAAAAAAACCCUACCCUACAUAGAGCCUCCUCCCCCCUCCCCAAGCCUGUGUUACCCCAGGCAAAUGCCCCUAAGUCUUUACUUACCUGUCGGUGCAGAUUUAAGCAUCGGAGUUCACAGGCGCCAUCUUCAGCCGCUUCGGAAUGAGACCGUUGCUUCAUAAAUUUUCAUGAGUUUCGGCAUGCACUGCUCCGUCGGUCUCAUUCCAAAGAUUACUGAAGAGAAGAAGAUGGUGUCUGUGAACUUCGCUGGACAGAAUCUGCACGGAGGGGUAAGUAAAAGAGUUAGGGGCAUUUUUCCGGGGGUAACACUUAGGCUGGAGGGAGGGGGGUCUAUGUAGGGUAGGGUGGAAUCCUGCGCGGAACGGGACCCGAAACCAGCUGCCCGGGACCCAAACCACAACCCGCAUAUUUACCCACUUUGAUCUGCUACCCGACCUGGACCCGCAACUGCCUUAUCUGCAAUCUGACCUGCAACCCAUCGACCACCAUCAAACAGGAAGUGAUGGUGCUGCAAACUGGAAGUGACAUCAUCAAAAUUGAGCGGGGACAGAAACAAGUUUUGUAAAAUAUAGACAAUAUUAAUAAGAUAAUAAAUUUAGAUCAGACCCGCAUCUAUACCCACACGUGAAAAUCCUCCCCUCAUUCCACAUGGUGCCCGCUUGUUUUGUGGGUAACCCGCGGGUACCCGACCCGCUGCAGGACUCUAGGGUAGGUUUUUUUUAACUUUUGGGGUUUGCUUCUCCUUUAAAUAAUAUAAAAUGAAAACCAAUUGCAAAUUGUCUCGGAAUAUCACUCUCUACAUCCUACUAAAAGUUAACUCAAAGGUGAACAACCCCUUUAAGUUUUAAUUGCCAUCAAUUUUGCCGGCCAUUGACCUUACCGUUCGUAGCAGCCAUCAUUUGUGCCUGUGGACUUGCAUGCGUGUACGCUAACGAAUUUGCUCCAUUCAUCCGAGUAUAUUCCGUACCAUGAGUUCAUAUAUAUCAUUUGGGGGAGGGGGGAUGUAGCUAUCAGGAUAAUCAGAAGUUUCUAGGGCUCCGAGGACCCACAGUUUUCCUGAUUUACAAUCUUGGGGGCAAGAAGAAGGCCAAAGCUUUGCACUGCAACAUGCCAGACACCACUCUGUGGUUAAAGUUGGUGUGGAAACUGGAUUUCCUGAUCUUUAAGCUUCAUGAUUAGAGCUAGACAAAAGACUGCAGUCAGUUUUAAUGGAAGGAGCCAAAUUAUGAGAAGGCGAAUGCACUGUACAGUUCUGUUUAAUACUCAUCCCUCGGCAAAUAGGCUGUAAAGAGAAUUGCACCAAUGGGAGUGAGAUCACGGCAAAUCCUUCCUGGCAACACUAGCACUUCAGGGGGGAAUCCCAGUCAUUGUUACGACACUUCGAAAAGCCGAAUAAAUUCAAUCCAAAAUUUGUAGACUGAAAAUUCCUCUUCCGUAAUAAACUGUUGUUUGAAUAUUCAUCAA